GGGGUAAUUCAAUGUUCAUGUGGAAUGAGAUAACUCGGUGUACCAGAUAUUCAAAUUUAGCUCGCAAAAGGCUUAUUCAGUCCAUUAUCCAGCGUUGGCCAGCGAUGUACAUUUGCAUAUAUACACAAAAGCUUUCCUCCGGGCCCAAACCUUAUCGCGCUACUCUAUGGCUGGGUGGACUGCCGCCUUAAACUACACGCAUUUUGUCAUUCUUAUGUAUCAAGUCACACACAGUACACAGACGUGCAAUCGGUACGAUCCGUGGAUCGCGGGUAUGGAUGAUGUAGAAGUUAGCUUCGGAAAUGUGAGAUUGAAGAUGUGAAAUGCUGUCGAAAGGGGCCUAUGACGGAAUGGAGUUGGAGACUUUUAACACCUUCAUCAAGCAAGUUUAGCGAGUUGCCAAUUUGGGAUCCACAGUUCACUGUCACUUCAAAUGAAGACCAAGUUUACAGACUUGGAACUAAAUGAAUUUGCUUACUCGUCGAAUCCGUCGGUGACUGUGAGAAAUUAUUUCGUGGGGAAACUUUAUGCAUUUGGAGUAUCAUCUGGGAAGUAUUGACAGGGGCAAGGGACGACGAACAACUCUGCAUUAGGUGUUUAAUUAUGUAUACCUUACAUGGACAAACUGGCAUCAUCAAGUGAAGUGACCUACGUUGCACAAUAUGCAAGUAUACAUGUACAUCUUAAAAUGUCUGAUGAAGCCACACAUCCCGGUCCCCUGUUUGGCAUGCAUUUGGAAUAUAAUCUAGGAAGUACUGUUACAGAAUGACUUCUCCUUCAUGUUCGUGUGAAACUCCAUGGGUGAGGGUGGUUUUUCAGCAGACAGGCAUUCAUAGCCGUUAUAGGCCGGACAAUUGCAGCUGAGUACCAGGUCUGUAUGUGAAUACAUAUAUUCUGCAAGCUUUGCUGAGAUGAAUUCAAGUGAAUUGUGUUGCACUGUUUCUACAGUGAAGAUGGCUCUCACAGGGGAAACACUAAAACGGACAAAUAGUAGAAAUGCCACCUUGGUUCUUGGUCGCAAUGAGUUUCGUGAUAUCAUACUCUGCUUGAAGCAUCCAAAGAACAGUGCCAAAUAUCUGAUGCGGGACAUUAUUAUUCACAAACGCUUUGUUAAGGAUGGCAAAGCAUGUAUUCAGCUUCCAAGCCAAAAUGUACAGAUUAUGAUCUCCAACUGUCCUCCCCACCAUCUUGCUGCAUUUCUGAAGUGCCUGGUGAUUAAGGAGGAGAGUGCAAAGGAGCAGAAGCCUGUCAGUGAGAGGACUAGGCUGCUGUCUGAACUCCCAAGAAAGUUUGAGGAAAUCAGCCCUCUCUGUGAGAAGGACGUCAAUGCUGUCAAUAGUUCCCGGGCUAGGGAAGCAGAGGCAAGGGGCACAGCAACAACUCCGGCUGGUCCAUUCAAGAAAAAGAGCCUCAAACGGUUACGGGAGAAAAGUUCAGCUAGUGAAGAUGGGCCACAGAGGAAGAAGCUGAACAUCUCCCUCAGCAAGAUAGAACUUAACCAGCAACAGUCCAAGGUCCUUAAUGCUGUUCUUGCUGGACACAAUGUAUUCUUCACUGGUAGUGCAGGCACGGGGAAGUCUUUCCUCCUGAAGAAGAUCAUUGGCGCUCUUCCCCCUGAUAGCACAUUUGCUACAGCUAGUACUGGUGUUGCAGCAUGCCACAUUGGUGGGACAACAUUACAUCAGUUUGCAGGCAUUGGAUCUGGUAAUCAUCCUUUACUACAGUGUAUUCAGCUUGCAUCUCGACCGGCACGUAAACAACUGUGGCGAAAGUGUCGACACCUAGUUGUAGAUGAGAUUUCCAUGAUAGAUGGAGAACUUUUCACCAAAUUAGAGGCCAUUGCCAGGGCAGUCAAAGGUAACAAUAAACCUUUCGGAGGAAUCCAGCUCAUUGUUUGUGGUGACUUUCUACAACUACCACCAGUUACGAAACCGGGAGAAAAACGCAGUUUCUGCUUUCAGUCUCGGGCCUGGCACAGGUGUAUACAGUUGACUAUGGAACUGACGGAAGUCAAACGACAAGAGGACCCUGUCUUCAUUGACAUACUUCAAAAAAUACGUAUUGGCAGAUGUUCACAGGAAGUGUGUGACCAUUUGACAGUGACUGCCAAGCACAGCAUUGACAGAAACGGUAUUAUAGCAACCAAGUUGUGUACUCACAAGGCAGAUGUUGACCUCUUGAAUCAGAUUCACCUUAGAAAACUGCUAGGGGACCCUAGAGUAUACCAGUCACUAGACAGUGACCCUAAUCUUGUCAGUGUCAUCAACAGCCAGUGUCCAGUGCCACAGAAAUUGGAGCUGAGAGUAGGAGCCCAGGUAAUGCUGGCGAAGAAUCUGGAUAUUCAACGAGGUUUAGUUAAUGGAGCUCGUGGGGUGGUGACAGGCUUUGGUGGUGGAGAAUCAGGUCUUCCUGUUGUCAAGUUCAUGUGUGGUAUUGAGCAGAUGGUAAAGAUGGAACGCUGGCCAAUCAGAGCUGGUGCAGGGAUCACUCUUAGCCGUACACAGCUCCCGCUCAAACUAGCCUGGGCUAUCUCAAUACAUAAAAGUCAGGGCAUGUCACUGGACUGUGUGGAAAUUUCUCUAUCUCGUGUCUUUGAAUGCGGCCAGGCCUAUGUAGCCCUGUCUCGAGCACGAAGCCUGGAGGGGCUACGUGUGAUUGACUUUGACAAAGCUUGUGUGCAUGCCCACCCAGAUGUGCUGAAAUUCUAUCAUGAGAUGCGUCGAGAACAGCGCAUGUUGCAGCCAAGCACUGAUGACUAUGAAGAGAAGGAGAAUAUCAGACAUUACUGACAAUCAAAUCAGAUCAGGUUUUGUCACAAGGUAAUAAAAGUCUAAUUCUUUCGCCAAACAACUUUCAUGGAAAUUGGAAUAACAAAGAGCAAAUGCACACAUAAAUAACAAAAAGGUUGGCAGCAGAUUGUGAGAUGUAAAUUAUCUUUUUGUACUGAAGGACAUACAUGUAGUUAUUAUGUAUGAUUUGGAAAAUGUUGAAAUCGCCAUUUUCAAAAUUCACAAAUAAGACAGCAGAAUUGCACAGGAAUGUUUGGAAGACUCUUCAUACAUUACUUUUAAGUGCAAGGUUUUAAAAUGUUUUAAUCAAAAUAUCAGUGCUAAUUAUAAACCUUAGAAUUUUUCCGGACAAUAAAUAUACAGUGUAAAUACCAAAACAAAACAUAAUGUUGGAUUGUAUACUGUAGUUUUAACCCUUCGUAUGAUUUUUAUGUAUAAUAAGCUUUAAUAAAUCACUGGAAAUCCCAAAAUGAAA